AUGUUUGAGCAUCUCAAGUCAAUAUAUGAGAAUGCUAACAAGCUGCAAAAUGUCAAGAGUGAUUAUCACAAGCUGAUUAUGUGCAAUGAGAAUAAUUAUCAUGAAUUUGUCACAAAAUUUUUACACUUGACAGGGGAGGUCAAGAUUGUCAGAGGGGACUACAAGACAGACUUCAAUGACAAGCUGUCCUUUGACCUUCAGAAGAUGAUAGUAGUAGUCAAUGUGAUCACUGAUACAUAUGCUGAGUUUCAGAAAAUCUGUGUGCAGGCAGCUCACAUUCUUCAGACAAUCAAUAACACCCUGCAGACUGUCAACAGUCAAACAUCUUUCAGCAUCUCUACAACAAAAUCUUCUACUGUGAAGGAGGCUUUGAGCUCUCAUCUGGAUAUUCAGUGCUACUACUGUAAGAAAAAAGAUCACAUUGUCAGGAACUGCUCUGCAAAGCAGAAGUCCCAGCAGGUGAUUGCUGAGCUCACAGAAAAUGAUGUCCCUGAGUCUUCAGCAGACUCAGGAAAAGAGUGA